UUGAUGAAAUGAAUUUUAUUCAUUUUCCUUCAUUGGAAAUGUAUAUAAUAUACAUUUUUUUUGCAAUAUGGCCCCUUUAUCACCCACCUUGUGCCAGCAGUAAAUAAGACUAGGAGAUACCCAUGAGGUCACUGAAAGCAUUAGCCCUGACAAUGAUCCAAAAUGGAUUUUGUGCUUGAUUUAAAUACAAGACCCAUUUUACUUAUGACUGGUACUUUAACAAAUGAGGUCAAGACUUUAGAGCCACACAAAUAGUUUCUCUGUGUUAACAACUUCUCAGUGUUAAUUUGUAAAUAAGGUGAAGCCUCUCCAAUAUGCAUAUGAUCCACCCCAAAUUUUCUACCAAUAGGGAAGAUGAGGCGAGCGCAGCCAUUGGCUGAGAAUGUUGAGCUCAUAGUCACUCCACCCACAAUGAGCUGUAGAUGCAGAGUGUGGGGGAGGAGCCGGUAGAGGGCCCAUGCCCCAAAGAGAAAUUUCUCCCCCCCCAAGAGACUUUGUCCCAAGAGCCAUGUGAUAAGAUUCAAAGGGUCUUGGUAUAACCUAAAAAUAAUAGUUCACCAUCUUCCUUUCCAACAUUAUAUGGAAAUUCUUCAGAAAACAAACUCUUGUCUCAGUGGGGAAAGGCUGCUUAAAGAAACAUGGUGAAUUACUACAAAGUACUAGGGGUGCCUCAAAAUGCUUCCUCCUUUGACAUCAAGAAGGCUUAUCACCAGUUGGCUCUGCAGGUGCAUCCAGACAAGAACCCAGAGAACAAGGAGGCAGCUGAGGAGAAAUUCAAACAAGUAGCAGAGGCCUAUGCAGUCUUGUCUGAUGCCAAGAAACGAAACGACUAUGACAAGUCCAGAGGGAACCACACCAAAAGGGAAAACAGACGAGAUGGCAGAGACAAAAAACAUUUGGAGGAGGAAUGGUGCUUUGAGAGGCCACACCAUUCCUUUCAGGAUGUCUUAGAAGAUGAAGACCUCUUCUCAGGAGAUUAUUUUUCCAUCGGCCACAGGGACAGGGACAGGAGAUUCUGCUACUCCAUCUUUGAUGUGACUCCCAUCUUGGACACAGGAUUUUCCACUUUUGUAUCUCUGGGAUCCAGAUCGAGUCCCCCUACCUCUGAGACAUUUGUACCCUUUGUCAGCAGUGGAAUGGGAAACUUCAGACUGGUCACCACUUGUAGCCAGAUAGUGAAUGGCAAGCAAAUUGUUACAAAGAAAGUGAUAGAAAAUGUGAGGGGGAAGACUGAAGGGGAAAAAGAAAGACUAUUUUGUCGGAUUCCUCUACCUCAUCGGAAAUUGAUGGGAAAUCCCUGCUAUUGAUGACAAGAAAUGAUGUGUUGACAGGACUUCAGUUAAAAUUGGGGCCUGCUCUGAAAAUCUACGAGUAUCAUGUAAAACCUCUGCAGACAAAGCAUUUAAAGAACAACUCUUCAUAGUACAAUCCAAUUGGGGUCUUAGACCUCAAGAAAUACAUAAUGACAUAAUUUGGUUUCAUGUGAUGAAACUUUGUAAACAGAAUACAUACAUGUGUAUAUGUAAAGACUUUCAAUCAAAUGAAACGUUAUCCUAUUGGAUAGACUAGGCAAUUCAUCGGCUGACCUGAAUUCAGCCAGGAGGGGCAAGGACAAGAUGUGCACAGGAUGGUUUUCCUUUUGGAGUCUGUCAAAUAGAAUGUUCUUUAACAUGUUUUGGCCCUCCUCCCCACAAAGGCUUUGAAAUCAUGAUGAUUUUCUUUGUUUCUUCAUAGAUUGCUUUCCUCAAAUCCUUAAAAAAAUAAAAAAGAAUUUAAUGGAAUGAGCAUCUUUUGGUUGAGACUUAGGAAGAGUAAAAAUAAGAAAACAUGGGGAGGGGGAGAAAAGAGAAAGAGAUUGCUGUCUCCCUUGAAUUCCUCUGCUCCUUAGAGCUUGUGUUACUUGGAUGGAAUUGCCGACACCCUUUUUUAUAGAGGGUCCUCCACUUGACCUUAUUAAGGUUUUAUUGGGAUAUGCUGCAAUGUUUGAAAUGAACAUGCACCAUGGCCCCUUCAGGAGCAGAAUCGUAGCUCUGAAAAGAGAAACUCCGUUGUGUACUGGGGAUAUCCAUCCACAUUCAGCUCGCUUUCACAGGGGGGUAAUGGUAUUUCUGCAUUGAUUUGCUUUUAAAUUGGUUCUUUGUUUCUGAAGACAGCAUUUUUUUUACUUUAUGGUUUGUAUUUAUAAUAAUUUGUUUCUGAAGAAAUUUGCCAAGAGUUAUAGAUCAAAAAGCCUUGUUACUAGUACAGAAUAUUUUUAUACAUAUUCCUCAUGAUGGUGUAAUAUUUUUUUAAUUGUCCUAUGCUUUGUUUGAUUCCUGGUCUGAGUACUUGUUUUUAAGAACUUGAAAAAGUGGGCUUGCUGCAUCUCUGUUCAAAGAGACAUUUGUUCAAUCUCUGUGUGUCAAUGCCUUGUUGAAUUGGUGCUUUGUGGUUGCAAUAAAGCAUUGCUUCAGUUUA